CUAAAAACAGUUAAAUCCAAGAUUGUGAUGUGCCAUAUUUAUGUCUGGAUAGUAUUCAUGUCGGUACAGUAUUUGGCAUAGCAAAUUGUUUCUGUUUAGUUAGUUAGUGCAUCCAUAAUCAUUUGGUUUUGACGUGCAUAUGUAUAAUGUCGGAAAUAAAACGUGUGCCCAUACAAACUCUUGAAUUACCAAAUUCCUUAAGUAAUUCUACGAAAAAGGAAAAGAAAGAGAAAGGCAAACAACUCGCGCCCUCCUUUCGUUUUGAACUCUCUUUGGAUGAAAAAAAUGAAAAAGGCUACUCUGAGUUUAACUAUAUGAGUUUGCUGGAGAAAAAGAAAGCUAAGGAGUUGAAAAAUCUCAGUGAAAAUGUUUCGAAUGGAUUGGAUCCUUUCGAUGAUAAUGAUGAUGCCAAAUUAAAAGAAGUAGCUCGAAAAUUUGAAGCUAAAUAUGGACCAACUCAAAUGACCGGAAAGAAAAAGAAAAAAUAUGACGAAGUUGAUCUUGGAGCAGGAUAUGAUGAGAAUGAUCCCUUCAUAGAUAAUACAGAUGCGUAUGAUGAAGUUGUUCCUGAAGGAGUAAAUACUGCUUACGGAGGUUUUUAUAUUAACAGUGGACCUUUAGAAUUUAGUGUCAAAGAAACGAAUCAAAGCGAAAGUAGUGAUGAUGAUGAAGAAGAUAGUCCAGAUUCUAAACGAAGAGAAAGAGAUCUUGACACAUCAGAUGAUGAUGAUACUGAAGAAGUUCUCAACGGACCAAUAACCAAGAAAUUAAAAUUAGAUGAUAACUGUGAAAAGAAAUCUUUUUAUGAUAAUGGGGUUAAACGGAAGAAAAAAAAUCAUGAUCAUUCACAUAGUGAUAACUCAAUUAGGCAAAAAAAUGAUAGUAUGGAAGUAGACAAUAGUUUUGUAGAAAAUCAAGAAGAGAGAAAGAGGCUGCAAUGUGAUGCAUCUAGAUCAAAAGAAAAAAAAUUAGCGAAAAAAAAUAUUACAAAUGGCACUGAAGAAAAGAAGGUUGAAUCAAAAAAAUGUUCCGGUAAAGAUAAUAAUAUAGAUGAUGCUAUUGAAAGUGUUGUGAAUGAUGGUAAACUUGAUGAUGAAUCUAGCCGAGACACAAUAGAUUCUGGUAAAUCACGAUGCAUAGCUGGGACAUCAUCGGAAUGUGAAGAUGCUGAAAAAAUUGAUAUUCGUUUACCAGAUAAUCUUCCAGAAGAUGUAAAAGAAAUUAUUACAAAGCUUAAAAAGCAUGCUGAAAAUAGUAAAGAAGGAAAAAUAAAAUUUUUUGGUACUUCUGUUAAUGAUACAUUGUUAAGCUUAGAAAAAAAAUUACGCGCUACAGAGUCAUCAACAAUAAGGUCGCAGGUUUACGGCCACUUAGCGCAUUUCUUAUCUUGUAGUAAAAUUACGCUAGUAAAUCGUGCUAGAAAGCUUUGUCUUCAAGAUGCUGAAACAAGAGUUAAAGAACCUGUUCAAAGGUUAAAAACGAUAAUAGAUCGAAUCGUAUCGUCGCAAAAGGAUGAAGAAAAUAAGAAAAUAGCCGAUGAAAAAGGCAUAGAUAUUCCAUUGUCAGACGGCUGUAGCGAUGAUGGAAAUAAGAAAUCUCCAAAAGACGGGAAAAAUUCUCGUAAACGAUUUUCAUGGACCAAUGAAUCAAAAAAACUGGUCUGUGAAAUUGCAAAUGUAUGGCGACAAUACUAUAAAAUUCGAAAACCACGGAAAGAAAGUCUAGAGGCAUUUAUGGAAUCAAUGAUGAAAAGUAAACUAUUGCCUUUGUGGCCAAAAGAUUGGAUGAGAGUAGAAGUUUUGAUGGCAAUAGCUAGUUCCGAAUCGACCAUCAAACGAAAACAGAAAAAGCCUCGGGACACGUCAGUCCCAAACGAAUUUUCAUCAGUAGUUACAAAUAAUUGCAAUGUAAAAUUAGAAACGACUAAUAUGAAUCAAAAAUUAUCGACAGAAACAGCGAAAUCACCAACACGAUAUGAUCAACCCUUAAUUGAAAAUUCUGUAAAUAAUACAUCAAUAAUUCAAAAUUCAAAAGCGCCUGUAACAGAAAUAAUUAUUGAAAAAAAAUCAAGCAAUACGAAGUACAAAGAAAAAGUAAAAGAGAAUUCAAUACUGUCCAAUCAACCUGUGAAUAAUUCUGGAACUUCAGGAGCAAAAAUAACUUUAGUUCCAACUUCUCAAUUAAUGGCGCAAAAGCCAUUGAAAAAUCAUACUGAUAAGUUUGAUCCAAUCGAUUUAACUAGCAACUCAUUGUCAAUUACUCCUGUUAACGAUUAUCAAAGAAUGAACAAAAUGGUAGAUGAAGUUAAAAAGGAUAUUGUCUCUAUUACACCCUAUGAAUCUUCCUCUGGAAUAACUGUUAUUAAUGAUGGAUCACAUCCUAUAUUCCGAUCUGAUGUGAUAUUUCCAAAUUCUAUAACAACAUUUUCUGGACCCAAACCUGUAUCACUUAAACAAAGAAUAUUACAAGAAAGUGUAAGUGGAAUAUCUGAAAAGCGAACAGACGAUCGAGAAAGUGAUGUUUAUUUAUGUGAUCAAAAAAUAAGAAAACGAGAUCGAUGGAUGAAAGAAAAAUCAUUUGAUCCUGAAAAGAAGAGAAAAGAUCAUAAGAUGGCUGAAUCAAAUCAACAACCGUCUUCCAGAGUUGGGGUAUUAAAUGUUAUGUUAUCACCAUCAACAUUAUCUAAAGAAGAACAAGAAAAAAGACAAAUUGAAGAAACAAUGGCAGCUACUAAUUAUUUGAGUCAAAUAAUAAAUGAUGAUGCGCCGAGAUUAAAUAAUGAAAAAAGAAAAGAAAUGUUAGAUGAAGGUAUUAGUAAUAUAGUUCAACCAAGUGAACAAGAAAAGGAUGUCCAAAUGGUUAUGCGUUCAUUAAAAGAACUUCAAGAACUUCAAGAAAUGAAGUUUUCACCAAAUCAUUCUCCACUCCAAAAACCUAUAUAUGGUAUGAGUUAUUGUGAUGAAUAUCAACGUGUUUAUAAAAAGGACGAUAAAAUGAAAAUGAAGGAAGAUUCACAAUGGUAAUAUAAUUAGUGAUAAGGAUAAUCAUCAAGUGUAUGUUUUGAUUACACUACACAAAUACUUUACUAUUUUUAAGAACAAAAAAAAAAUAAUAAUUGAAAAGUAUUUUUAAAAUUUUACAGCAUACAUAAUUAAGUUGAAUCAUAAUGUCAUAAAACUUGUGUACAGCUUUACCAAUUGUAUUAAUAAGUAAAAUAUGU